ACUGCAAGGAUUAAUAUAGGUCGAUAGACCUAUCCUUAUUACUGAAGACUGUUGCCUUCAUUUCCAGCUGUCACAUUGCGCGCCUCAUCGCUACUAAAGCUACCUUCAAACAAGACUCAACCCACCAAAGGCAUGACGUACUUAUGUUCGUCGUGUAAGGCUGAUGUGUCUGUCUCAGAAAGAAUCAAUCAUGUCAGGAGCGACUGGCAUAUAUACAACCUAAAGCGUGUCGUUUCUGGUCUACUGCCAAUAUCUGAAGAUAUGUUUGUACAUAAAAAACAAUUGAUUGCUGCAGAAGCACCUGUGGCUAUAGAGAAAACGUAUUGUGACGCCUGCAAGAAAUCCUUCGCAAAUAACAAAUCUUUUACUGCCCAUUUGGUUUCGAAGCGCCAUAUACAUAACAGCCACUUGUUCAAAACGAAAACUACGCAGACAGUCGUCAGUUCUACUAAACCUUCAGCAGAAGACUGUUUGACAGAACCAUUACCACUGGGGUCAUGUUUGUUCUGUGACCGCUAUAUAUCACUGAAUUAUUUGCCAAAUGAGUCACUUGAUAGUGCCAAACAAAGUGAUUUAGCUAAACGUGUCCUAAAUCACAUGUUCGAUGUGCACAAAUUUAGUGUUCCAUUUCCAGAAAGAUUAACCGAUCCUGCCGGGUUGUUAAUUGAAUUAGGACGUAUUGUGGGGGAAGAACGCUGUUGCUUGGCUUGUGGUCGUCAGUUUUACGGUAGUUGUGUGGAAGGAUCAGACAAUGCUCGGAUCUCCCUGUCUGCCGUCCGCAGUCAUAUGUUGGACAAACCUGGCCACAAACAAGUAUGGUAUGGAGUAGAAGACCCAGUCCAAGUGGCAUUAUUGGUAGCUAAGGCAGAAGAAGAGUCAAAUGACGAUUGCGAGAUAAAUUACCCUAAAGCUGCUCUUGCAGGUGGUGAGCUGUUUAGUCAGUUUUACGAUCAGUCAGUCCUUGCACCAUCUUUCAUACUUUCAGAUGAUGAAGACGUUUAUGAAGUACGGUUACCAUCUGGUACUGUUCUAGGUCAUCGGAAGAUGAGAACAAUUUAUAAACAACACUUGGCUGCUACAGAUGGAGCUAAAUUAUUGAACCGUGAUAAUGGACAGAAGAGCGUUUCAAUACGACGUCCAGACUUCAAAGCCUUAAUACAGAAUAGAUCUAAUGCCGAUUCUGAGAGACGUUUAAACGAACAAAGAAAGUACUGGGAUUUAGUAACUGGUGUUCAAGGUAAUUUCCACAAUCGCCUUCAUCUUCGUCGACAGUACUAAAUAUUUGAGAACUUAAUAAAAUGUUAAAAAAUUUAUUUGUAUAAUCU